UGUGAGAAGGCAAUCCAGAGGACGAGGUGAAAGAAUGGCCAGUUCUCAGGGACUGCUGACAUUCGGGGACGUGGCCAUAGAAUUCUCCCAGGAGGAGUGGCGAUGCCUGAGCCACACACAGCGGGAACUGUACAGGGACGUGAUGCUGGAGAACUACCGACACCUCGUGUUCUUGGGUCUCAUUGUGUCAAAGCCAGACCUGGUCUCCUUUUUGGAGCAAGAGAAGCAGCUCUGGGGUGUGAAGAGAAAGGAGACCGUAGCCUUCCAUCCAGGUAGGCAAAUCCAUACUGGAGAGAAACCCUACGAAUGUAAAGAAUGUGGCAAAGCCUUUAAAUUACAUUCAACACUUACUCAACAUCACAAAAUCCACACUGGAGAGAAACCCUACAAAUGUAAAGAAUGUGGCAAGGCCUUUAUGCACUCAAGCCUCACUCAACAUCACAGAGUUCAUACUGGAGAGAAACCAUACAAAUGUAAAGAAUGUGGCAAGGCCUUUAAAUUACAUUCAACACUUACUCAACAUCACAAAAUCCACACUGGAGAGAAACCCUACGAAUGUAAAGAAUGUGGCAAAGCCUUUAAAUUACAUUCAACACUUACUCGACAUCACAAAAUCCACACUGGAGAGAAACCCUACAAAUGUAAAGAAUGUGGCAAGGCCUUUAACUGGCACUCAAGCCUCACUCAACAUCACAGAGUUCAUACUGGAGAGAAACCAUACAAAUGUAAAGAAUGUGGCAAAGCCUUUACAUUACGUUCAACACUUACUCGACAUCACAAAAUCCACACUGGAGAGAAACCCUACAAAUGUAAAGAAUGUGGCAAGGCCUUUAACUGGCACUCAAGCCUUACUCAACAUCACACAGUUCAUACUGGAGAGAAACCCUACAGAUGUAAAGAAUGUGGCAAGGCCUUUAAAUUACAUUCAACACUUACUCAACAUCACAAAAUCCACACUGGAGAGAAACCCUACAAAUGUAAAGAAUGUGGCAAGGCCUUUAACUGGCUCUCAAGCCUUACUCAACAUCACACAGUUCAUACUGGAGAGAAACUUUACAAAUGUCACGAAUGUGGUAAGGUCUUUAACCGGCACUCAAAGCUUACUGAACAUCACAGAGUUCAUACUGGAGAGAAACCAUACAAAUGUAAAGAAUGUGGCAAGGCCUUUAGCCAGAACUCAAGCCUUACUCAACAUCACACAAUUCAUACUGGAGAGAAACCUUACAGAUGUCAAGAAUGUGGCAAGGCCUUUAACUGGCGCACAAGCCUUACUCAACAUCACAGAAUUCAUACUGGAGAGAAACCCUACAAAUGUCAAGAAUGUGGACAGGCCUUUAACCGGCACUCAAGCCUUACUCAACAUCACCGAAUUCAUAUUGGAGAGAAACCUUACAAAUGCCAAGAAUGUGGGAAGGCCUUUAAGCACCACAAAACCCUCAUUCGACAUCACAGAAUUCAUACUGGAGAGAAACCUUACAAAUGUCAAGAAUGUGGCAAGGCCUUUAGCCGGCACUCAAGACUUACUCGACAUCACAGAAUUCAUACUGGAGAGAAACCUUACAAAUGUCAAGAAUGUGGCCAAGUCUUUAACCAGAGAUCAAACCUUACUAAGCAUCACAGAAUUCAUACUGGAUAGAAACCUUACAAGUGUCAAGAAUGUGAGAAUACAUUUAAGGACUGCUCAUACACCACAUCAGAGAAACAGCUCAGAACAGGAGACAGAACUUACCAAUGCAAUGAAUCUGGGAAAAACAUCAAUCAAGGAUCAAAUCCUAUUAAACAUCAGAGAGCUCAGUUUUCACAGAGCCAGUAUGAUAGUAGUAAAUGUGGGAAAGUCUUCUCCCCGCACUCCAACCUGAUUAUACAUAAGAGUAUCCCUAUGGGAGAGAAUCCUUAUAAAUGUAAUGAAUGUGGGAAAUCUGUUAACCAGUCCUCCCAUGUUGGACUAAACAUACAUAACACAGUCGCUACCGGACAGAAGACUUACAUUUGUGAGGAAUGUGGUAAAGCCUUUGACUGGCACUCAGCACUGUCUCAACAUCAGCCAACGCAUACUGGAGAGAAACCUUACAAAUGUGAAGAAUGUAGCAAGGUCUUUAUCCACCACACACACCUUAUUCAACAUGACAAAAUUCUUCCUGGAGAGAAACCUUACCAGUGUGAAGAAUGUGGCAAGGCCUUUAACCAGCACUCAAUGCUUACUCGACAUCAAAGAAUUCAUACUGGAGAGAAACCUUACCAAUGUGAAGAAUGUGGCAAGGCCUUUAACCAGCACUCAAACCUUAUUCAACAUCACAGAAUUCAUACUGGAGAGAAACCUUACCAGUGUAAGGAAUGUGGCCAGGCCUUUAACCAUCACUCAAGCCUUACUCAACAUCACAGAAUUCACAGUGGUGAAAAACCUUACAUAUGUAAAGAAUGUGGCCAGUCCUUUAACCAGCACUCAAACCUUACUCGACAUCACAGAAUUCAUAGUGGAGAGAAACCUUACAUAUGUAAGGAAUGUGGACAGGCCUUUAACCAGCACUCAAAGCUUACUGAACACCUCAGAAUUCAUACUGGAGAGAAACCUUACAUAUGUAAAGAAUGUGGCCAGGCCUUUAAUCGGCACUCACACCUUACUCGACAUCACAGAAUUCAUAGUGGAGAGAAACCUUACCAGUGUAAAGAAUGUGGUAAGGCCUUUAACCAGCAAUCAAAGCUUACUGAACAUCACAGAAUUCAUACUGGAGAGAAACCUUACAUAUGUAAAGAAUGUGGCCAGGCCUUUAACCGGCACUCACACCUGACUCGACAUCACAGAAUUCAUAGUGGAGAGAAACCUUACAUAUGUAAAGAAUGUGGUGACACCUUUAUCCAGCACUCACACCUGACCCGACAUCACAGAAUUCAUACUUGAAGGCAUCCUAACCAAAAUAAAUGUGUCAAGGCCUUUAAGCAAUGCUAAAGUCUUAACUUCUGAUCAGAGAAUGUAUACUGGAGAAGAUUUUGCAAACAUAAUGAAUUUGGCAAGCUGGAAGUCCAGCUUCAUUGGACAUCAGAGAAUUCAUAUUGGAGAAAAAAACUUAGAAAUGUAAAGAAUAUGGUAAAACUUGCUCAACCCUUACUUAGCAUCUCAGAAUUCAUACUGAGGGAGAAGCAUUACAAAGGUAAAAGAAUGUGUUAAGCCUCUAUCUGGAACUCCCAACUUACUCAACAUCAUAAUUCUCAUACAGGAUAAAAGCUGAAAUACAGAGAAAUUUGCAGUGCCUUUAACUGGAAUUCAAUCCUUAAUUUCCAGAAUGCACACGAGAUUCAAACCCUACAAACUUAACAAAUGAGGAAAGACCUUCAUUUUAAAUGUACAUUUUAGCAAACACCCGUGAGUGCAUAAAGGAACUUGAAAAAUGUAAAUAUUUAGGAAUGAAUGUAACUGAACAUCAUAUGUCAAUAAGUGUCACAGAAAUCAAGUAGAAAACUACGUCAGUCAAUCUAUUCAGACAUAACAUCAGAAUACUCAUGAUAAGGAAUAAUAACAAAGUUAAACUGUUAGAAAAUGUCUAUCCUAUUCUUCAAAAGAUUAAGUGGAUAGAUUUUUGCAUACUUCUAAUUAAUUUCAAUAUGUGGUUUUUUUUUACAUUGACCCUAUCUAAUAUUUGUGUCUAGCAAAUAUUAAUGUGUCUCUACUCUUAAAGUCACUUCAGAAAAUACAUUUAUUUUUAGUGUGUGAAAUUAUGUGACUGACUGUUGCUUCAUCAAAGCUAAGAGAUCUCUCCUUCAUUAGGUGGGACUCGUGGAUAUCUAAUUAUCCAUGGAAGAUGAAGGACAACAUAACAUACAAUAUAUGAAGAAAAUCUAAAUGGAGAUACUGUUUAUGGUUAUAACAGUAAUGACAGUUGUCAUGAAAAAGGUGUUUAGAACAUCAUUCUUCUCCAUUUAUUAAAACUGAAGAACUUCCUGAAUAUUAUAAAUAAAAUAUUUUACCAACUGGUAUUAGAGGAAAAAGAGGUAGCAGUCCAGUAAAAUACUGAUGUAGCCUCAUGAUAGCAAUAGUUAGAAGUAGAGAAUAUUAGUGGAUGUGUUUGAAAGGAGGAAAUCCUCACAGAUAUCAUAGAGAGGGCUAACUCUCUCCCGCCACAGCAUAUAUCCACAUUUGUUGAGAAUGACCUCACACCUGAAAAUUAUUGGAACCAUUACUCCCACAUCAUUAUAUCAGUGCUUGAAUGCUUUCUAACACUUAAUAUUCUGUAUUUUGAGCAAGGAUUAUAGAGGGGAUUGAAAUGCAUAACUUAGUCUAUUGUGAACUUAAUAUAUUUUAAUUAAUAAAACAUAAUGGUUUUUAUCAUGUUAACAUGGAUAUGUAAUGAAGUGUUAUCCAACUACCAAUGUUAACCUAUCUCGUUUUAUAUAAGGUUGUAGGUAACUGGUAUCUAUCACCUAUUUGGCAACAGAGUGGAAAUAUAUCUAGUAAUCCAUUUUCUCAGUGGCCUUAAUGUUUAGAUAAUGUGUGAUGGUUUUUCCCUUAGUUUAUCUGUUGUAUCAUUUUCUCCUGUUAGGGACUAGUGGGAUAAUAUAAUGGAUAUAUUAUAGAUUGUAUAUGGGUCUUAUUGAUCGACUAACUAAAGUACUCCAUGACAGUGCUAUUCAGCAUACAUUUUGUGUAGGCAGGAGUUUUGCAGGGGACUUUGUGACAGAAGAGAAUUUUACUAGUGCAUUCCCACGUAACAAGCUGCAGAGUGAGAAGUUAAUGUACCUUCUGAUACAACAUUCCCAUUCCACCCUUGUGAACAACCAUUUCUCCUGUCUCCCAUUACUUUCCCCUUAUGUGUCCUUUAGAGAAGAUUCCCACCAAACUUACUGAAACUUGUUUUAGUUUGAAAGGCUAUCUGGACUUUUCCCAGGGAUCCUAAAGGAAUCCUCCAUGGCCCCUAAUAAAGUUAUGUGUCCCACUUCAUACAUGUGGGUGUUGUUUUCAUGUUUCUGUAAAGUAAACAUGCACUUAUAACAGUGGUUGUUGUGUAAUAGAUACCCCAUAAGUUAGAGAAAUACAGUCCAGUAGAGUCAUAUUGUAGCCCCAAUUAAGAGAUGGAAAGUACAGAGGAUGAAGAAUUGGCAUGAAUUCUGCAUGUGGAGAGAGGACACCUUUCCUGGGUUGCACAACUGACUCCCUGGAUUUAGAAAAAUAACUUCUACUUGUUUAUUUUCCUGGUUAUCUCCAAAUCUCCAUUUCUAUUUAUCCCCAGUUUUAUUUCCACCUACCUAAGCAUCUCAAACGUUCAUCUUUGCCUGUGUUAUGAGAGUGUCCUCACUGACCUUUUAAUUACAAUUAGAACAAGUAAGACCAAUGGGUAUCAAUUCAGACAUUUAACCCUGGCAUGUGGGAUGUGAAUGUAACUAAAACACGAUGAUGGCACCAUCCUUAGAAAGUUAAGUCCUAUUAAAAGAAAAUGUGAAGAGCUCUUCAUAGUGGGUAGGGAACUCAAUGUGACUCCCUUUAGUCACGCAAAAGGCACAGGCAGCUCUUGGUGGUGUCAUCUGAUGAAUACUUGUAAUGGAAUAAAGGAAUUGGCAAGUGCGGUGGGUUUCUGAGAAGUAGGAAGUCCUAUUUUAUCUUUAUGAUUUAAUUGAAUUCCUGUGUGUUAGUGAGGACCAGAUGCUGUUGUGAUGACUGUGUUUGCCCAGGCCUAGAUCGGUGGCGGUGGGUGGAGGAAAGGUAUUUGAUGAUACAGUCAUUUAGUGCAUAGCUUCAGAAUGUCACAUGGCAGAGUAGAUGUUGGAGAUGAAGAAACCUUCUGGACAGUGGCAUAGGCAAGAUCAGCAAAGUGUGUGCUGUGGUUGCACAAAGUGCUAGCAUCCCAGGUAUAUGACCCCCAACAUAUUUUAGAUCACUGUAGGUGGGUGACCUUUUGUGGAAGCUGCUGCACUGCUGGGUGGGACCGUCCUCCCUUUACUGAGUGCCAGGAUGAGUAUAGUCCCAGGCUCUGGCGCUGUCUGUGCCAUGGAUUUGUUGAAGGAGCGAUUCAGCAGUUGGUGGCAGUGAGCAUUUCUGCUUCAAGCAGUCAGUCCCAAGUGUUCAUUGACUGAUAAAUGAAUAAAGAAGAUGUGGUAUAUAUAUAGAAUGGAAUAUUACUCAGCCUUAAAAAGGAACAAAAUCUUGCCAUUUGGAAUGACAUGGAUGGAGCUAGAGUAUUAUGCUAACUGAAGUCAGAGAAGGACUAAUACCAUGUGAUGUCACUCCUGUGGAAUACAAGAAACAAGCAAAGGAGAAAAAGCAGACAAGCAAAUCAAGAAAUAGACUCUUAAUUAUAGAGAAGAAACUGAUGGUUACCAGAGUGGAGAUGGAUUGGGGGAUGAGUUAAAUAAGUGAUGGAAGUGAAGACGUGCAUUUUUUGUGUCGAGCACUGGGUGUUGUAUGGAAUUGUUCAAUCACUAUUGUACAUCUGAAACGAAUAUUGACAGUGCAUGUUAACUCACUGGAAUUUAAAUAAAACCUUUUAAAAAUA